UGUAGCUUUUUCCGCCUCCCGGGAGGGUGAGUAGGGCCGGCCGCCUGAGCAGGGUUGCCGUCUUCUCGGAGCCGGAGACCCUCCCUUGAAUCCCGCACUGGGACCUCUCACCCUCUCGCGGCACCUGUUGCAGGUGACAGGCAACUCUGGUGGCUCUUCUGGUCUGGUUGCUUUGAAGAAAGGAGAGUAGAAGAAAAAAUAGGAUAAAUCAUGUCAGAGAUACUUGACCUCUCCUUUCUGUCUGAGGUGGAGAGGGAUUUGAUCCUUAGUGUUCUACAACGAGAUGAGGAGCUCCGGAAAGCAGAUGAGAAAAGGAUCAGGCGACUGAAGAAUGAGCUACUGGAGAUAAAAAGGAAGGGGGCCAAGAGGGGCAGCCAACACUAUAGCGAUCGGACCUGUGCCCGGUGCCAGGAGAGCCUGGGCCGUUUGACUCCCAAGACCAACACUUGUCGGGGUUGUAAUCACCUGGUGUGUCGGGACUGCCGCAUCCAGGAAAGCAAUGGUACCUGGAGGUGUAAGGUGUGCACCAAGGAAAUAGAGCUGAAGAAGGCAACUGGAGACUGGUUUUAUGACCAGAAAGUGAAUCGCUUUGCUUAUCACACAGGCAGUGAGAUAAUUAGGAUGUCCCUGCGCCGUAAGCCUGCAGUGAAUAAAAGAGAGAUGCUGGGACAGCCCCUUCUACAUCAGUCACAGAUGGAUGAUAUCUGGCCGGGAAGAAAGAUCAUUCAGGAGCAACAGAAGAAGCCCAGUGUGCCAUUUGAGGUGCCCAAGCCGAAAAGCGGAAAGAGUGCGCUGGAGGCUGAGAGCGAGAGUCUGGAUAGCUACACAGCUGACUCGGAUAGCCUGUCAAGGAGAGACUCUCUGGAUAAAUCUGGCCUGUUUCCAGAAUGGAAGAAGAUGUCUGCCCCCGCACCUCAAGUGGAAAAGGAAACUCUGCCUGGGGGUCAAAAUGUGAUAUCUGUUGAUGAGGGUGAAAUGAUAUUUAAGAAGAACACCAGAAAAAUCCUCAGGCCUUCAGAAUAUACUAAAUCUGUGAUUGAUCUUCGCCCGGAAGAUGUGGGACAUGAAAGUGGCUCCUUGGGAGACAGAAGCAAAUCUGUCCCAGGCCUCAGUGUAGAUAUGGAGGAGGAGGAGGAAGAAGAAGACAUUGACCACCUGGUGAAGCUGCAUCGCCAGAAGCUAGCCAGGAGCAGCAUGCGAAGUGGUUCCUCCAUGAGUACAAUUGGCAGCAUGAUGAGCAUCUAUAGUGAAGCUGGUGACUUUGGCAACAUCUUUGUGACUGGCAAGAUUGCCUUUUCCCUGAAGUAUGAGCAGCAAACACAGACUCUGGUCAUCCACGUGAAGGAGUGCCACCAGCUGGCCUAUGCUGAUGAAGCUAAGAAGCGCUCUAACCCAUACGUGAAGACUUACCUUCUGCCUGACAAGUCCCGCCAAGGAAAAAGAAAAACCAGCAUCAAGCGGGACACCACCAAUCCACUGUAUGAUGAGACCCUCAGAUAUGAGAUCCCAGAAUCUCUUCUGGCCCAGAGGACUUUGCAGUUCUCAGUUUGGCAUCAUGGUCGUUUUGGCAGAAACACUUUCCUUGGAGAGGCAGAGGUUCAGAUGGAUUCCUGGAAGCUUGAUAAGAAACUGGAUCAUUGCCUCCCUUUACACGGAAAGAUCAGUGCUGAGUCCCCGACUGGCUUGCCAUCACACAAAGGCGAGUUGGUGGUUUCAUUGAAAUACAUCCCAGCCUCCAAACUCCCUGUUGGAGGUGACCGGAAAAAGAGUAAAGGUGGGGAAGGGGGAGAGCUCCAGGUGUGGAUCAAAGAAGCCAAGAAUCUGACGGCUGCCAAAUCAGGAGGGACUUCAGACAGCUUUGUCAAGGGAUACCUCCUUCCCAUGAGGAACAAGGCCAGUAAGCGUAAAACUCCUGUGAUGAAGAAGACCCUGAAUCCCCACUACAACCACACAUUUGUCUACAAUGGUGUGAGGCUGGAAGAUCUACAGCACAUGUGCCUGGAACUGACAGUGUGGGACCGGGAGCCCCUGGCCAGCAAUGACUUCCUGGGCGGGGUCAGGCUGGGUGUUGGCACUGGGAUCAGUAAUGGGGACGUGGUGGACUGGAUGGACUCGACUGGGGAAGAAGUGAGCCUGUGGCAGAAGAUGCGACAGUACCCAGGGUCUUGGGCAGAAGGGACUCUGCAUCUGCGUUCCUCGAUGGCCAAGCAGAAGCUGGGCUUAUGAGUCCCUGUCCUUCUCUGCAGGUCCAGCCCUGUCCAGGGCAAGUCGGAGGAAGUGAAGAAACCAAGAGCAAAGAUUUAUAAUUUUGUGUGUGUGUGUGUGUGUGUACGUGUGUGUGUUAUGUAUGUGUGUGUAUAAACAUGUAUUUCUACAAUUCUUACUAUGCUAGAGUGACGCAGACUUGUUCCCCUCUUUAAAGCAGGUUCAAGACUAAGGAUCUGUUCAAAAUGUUUUUAUUUGUGCAUAAUCUAGCAUAUUUCCAGAGUCCAUGCUUAUGUCUUUAUGAUGUUUAAUUAACUUAAAAAUUCUUUAAAACAUGUUUUUUAUCUCCUGUCUUGCAAACCAUUUCCUCCUUCCCCAGGAAGCCCUGGCUAUCUUUGGCAUUCCCACAGGUCUGUGUUUCAAGGUGUGCCUGGGCUGAGGCCAAGGCUCUGGGAAGCAGGGUUGGGUUACUAAGAAGAUGGGAGAGAGGUGAGUAGGUCUGCCCCCUUCCUUUCCAAUUUCUGUUUUUAACUCCAUUUUUACCUUGAUACAUUUCUGGAACUUGGCUUUUAACUCUUCUUGCUCUUAAGUAGUUUCCAUAGUGCUUGGGUCUCAUGGUUUUCUUUGAAAUGCUAAGAAAAUUCCUAAGUUCCUUCCAGCUCCAGAAACCUUCACUAGACCUUUAGGGGACCCUCGUAAUGGAGCUGCUUUAGAAAAACACUUUAAUUAGGUAGCGACUGACUUGUGGACAUGCCCAAAAUGGCUUCUCAGUGGUCUCAGAGGACCAGAGUGGCUGAGAGUGAAAUGUCUCCCAGGCCGUGCUGGAUCUUUGCAUUUUAUACAGAUACAGCUGUUCUUGAAGAACUCCUCAUUUCUCCAAUAAAAGACAUCUUCCCCCUCAUAUGCCACAUCUUUCUUAGCAUUUGUGUCCACGGUGUGGUACCACACAGAGUAUGGUCUACAUACCAUUAUGCCAGACAAAAUAGCCAAGUACUGUCUAAACUGGCCCAGUGUUGGGGCGCCUGGGUGGCUCAAUUGGUUAAGCUGCUGCCUUCGGCUCAGGUCGUGAUCUGGGGGGUCCUGGGAUCGAGUACCCCAUCAGGCUCCCUACUCAGCGGGGAGUCUACUUCUCCCUCUGCCUCUACCCCUCCCCCCUGCUUGUUUUCUCUCUCUCUCUCUCUCUCUCUCAAAUAAAUAAAUAAAAUCUUUAAAAAAAUAAACUGGCCCAGUGUUUCUCCAGACUGGGCACUGUUAGUACUCUAAGAGAAUGUGUUUAGAGAAUCUCCUAGUUAUUCUGACUUCCUUCUUGAGGUAACUUCAGUUUCUGUUUUUCCUAUUGUUUCCUAAACUUGACCUAGAUGUAAAGUGGGUGUGAUGUGUUGAGACCUUUCUAAGAAGGGUCUGGUGACCUGAGCUUCAUUUUCUGAAACUCACUGUACCAAACUGACCUUUUUAUCCUUGCACGUGUAUCUACACAAAGUUGUUUGUGAAAGGAGUCUAUACCAGAGAAGAAAUCCGUUUUGGUAGAGUCUGCUGAUUUCUCCUAUAAGAGGCCCCUAGAUCGAGGGCAGCUACUGUGCUUUCUACUGUAUGGGUGACCUGAAUGGAGGAGUGUUUUUAAAAGGUUUGUUUGGUAUGGAUUGAUAUUGUAAUGGAAAGCAUAAUUUGGAAUCCUGGCCUGUAACUCGCUGCUUUGUUCUCCAACCCUUGAAAUGUGCGUCAAUAAAGCUUUCUCACUUGUCAAGUGUUUGCAUUUGUUAGUUCUGCUGAGGCUUUUCUCUCUGAUGUCCUCACCUACUGCUGCUGCUGUUCAGUGGUUUGAAGGAGAAGAAUCAAAGUGACAAAUGCGCUUCCUUAACUGUACACUGUACUGAUUCAAAGAAAAUUUCCCUUUCCCUGCGUUGCUGCCUGAUGCCUCUGCUGAGCUCUGAUCUAUUGACCUUUGUGUUUGGAAUCUAGGGAGAGACCUAAGAAUCCAUCUUAAAAGUGACACCACUUUUCUUUCUCUCUCAAGUAUCAAGGGAACUCCUUCUCUAGUUUUGUAGCCCCCUAUCACUUGGAAGGAGAGCUGUGUGUGUAUAUGUAUGAGCACAGGGGAAGGAAGAUGUUCUCUCCUGUGUUUCUUUCUAGAUCCUUUGCUAUCUCUAGGAGGUAGGGCCUUUUUCCUUCACUCUUACUAUCAUUAUUUAGUUUUGAGAAAUAAGUAACACAGAUACUAAGCAACGCAUCUCAGAAAUAAGGCCCUGGGUUAAGAAACCUGGGUUUCUAGGGAGAGCCCAAGUGAUUCUUGACCUCUUGUGCAAAAAGACAUUAAUAUAUAUUAGAUGUUUUUUGUGUACGAAGCGUUAUGCUAGGCACAUUAUAUAUUAUUUCCUUAAUUUCUCCACGCACCUUAUGAAGUAGGAAAAUCUCCCUUUUUACAGAUGAGGAAAGUCAAGUCCACUGUUGCACAACAGAGUUGGGAUUUGAAUCAAGGUCUGAUUGUACUGUAUCAUGCUAUUUCCUGCAAGGGCUUUAUAUGUGUUACGGGCAAAGAGUCAAAGGAAGGGAUGACUCCCUUAUUCUAAAAUCUCUCAAAGAAAUAAGUUUAGUCUACAAGGUAGGAUAAUCAGAAUGCUUCGGAGGUUACCUAACCAGCUGACUGAAUCAAUAGUUUGCGCACGAGUGUGUAAGUGUGUGUAUAUGUAUGAAAGAGACAGACAGAGAUGGGGAUGGGGGUAGAUGGGAGGCAGAGAAAGAAAAACAGAUAUGUACAAGGUUGAGGUGAGGCUUGUCUGGCUGUGAGCCUGAUUCUGCUGUGGCCCCCUCCCCCUACUUUAGGAGCCGGAAUUUCUUGAAUCAUAAGGCAAAAGAGGCUACAGUGAAACUUUACCUAAAGAAAGCAAGACUGACUUGCCUGACUACUCAAUAAAAUGAAACAAAACAAAAGCUUCUCAAUUUUUCGAAGCUAGAGGAGCAUUUCUAUGUGAGAGUCAGGCCCAGGUGGAGACACAGUUCAAGUUGUCAUUCAUGUUGUCAUUUGGGCCUUUGACCUGCUAGCAUGCCCUGGCUUGCCACUUGAGGUAUAAGUGAUCAAGACAAGGCAGGGCAUUUAUUCUGACUAACGUGCAAUCCUUGCCUUUGGAACCACAGACCUUGUCUGACCAGAGAUUUCCCACAUUAGCUCAUUGUAUUUUGUCUUCUGCCCAUAACUUGUCUUUUGACUUUUAAGUUCUUGGAUUUCCUGGGAGGGAAGAGGGAGAAGGGGACUUUUUUGCUCCAAGUUUGAUCAUUUGCUCCAUGUCUUGGUCCACUCAGCAACUGCCUCACUUCUUAUUUUUGCAUUUUACAAAUGAGUUUUCCACUAAGCCUGCAGUGGGAACAGCUUCUCUCUGACUCACUACUACCCUCCCUGUGUUCUGGGCUCGUGAUUGAUCUAUGCCCCAUCCCUCUUCUUUGGAGAGUUGAUCUAUACCCCAUCCUGGGUUUAGAGCUUCCCAGUUCCCUCUUUCCUCCUGGGUCCACCCCCAAGUCUUGUGUCUGAGUAGGAUUAUAUAGAGAAGGUGAAACCCUAGUCUUUGCUUGGAGCAGUCAGCUGUCUUUAAAUGAAAAGUCAAGAAAGUAGAGGCAGGACAGUGUAAUAUUUAAGAACAUGGACUCUGGAGCCAGACUGCGGGUGCUUAAAUCCCAACUCCGUCACUUACUAGUUGUCUGAUCUCAGGGGAAUUGCCUAACCUGUCUAUGCCUCAAUUCCCUCCUCCGUGAAAUGGGACUAAUAACAGAACCUGCCUUAUGAGGUUCUUGUGAAGAUUUCCGAGUCAGUUGAUAGAAUGUUUAGAAUGGCCCUUGGUACAUGGUAAGUGCUCAAGCAUUAGCUUAGCCUCACCACUCAACCUGCUUUCUUCUCUCCUCUCAUUUUCCAUUGGGGACCCCCUAGGCAAACCUGAAGGAGAAAGGCUGCCGAGUCUUAACCAUGACACGGGGUUCCCUGAGUGUCAACAAGAAGGUUCUCGGACACACCGUAGAGUGUUGCCCCAUUUCACAAUGGCCCAGCCUCAAAUUUACUUUCAGGCCUGGCUCUUAAGGCUUGACUCCGUGCUGCAACGGCUCCCGCCU